UGGAUAAUGGUGGUGUGAAAUAGUGCAUUUAUCAGUCUUGCUCGUCCUUCUUUGCCUCGAGCACCUGUUCAACAUUCGACUCUCGCCCCAUUAAGUCAGGAUGCCGAAGAAAAAGACUGGCCAGCGAAAGAAGGCGGAGAAACAGAAGCUCCGGCAGAAGGAAAUCCGCAACCGGGAAUCUCAGCUACCGGAGCAACCAUGCAACGUUGCAAUGGAUUGUGAGAAGUGUGGCAAGAAACAGAAGUCCAGAGCAUUCUGCUACUUCUGCCAAAGCCUUCAGAGACUGCCGAUUUGUGCUCAGUGUGGGAAGCAGAAAUGCAUGCUCAAAACCGGUGACUGUGUGGUGAAGCAUGCGGGUGUGUUUACCACCGGCCUACAGAUGGUUGGUGCAAUCUGUGACCAUUGCGAGGCGUGGAUAUGCCAUGGAAGAAAAUGUCUCCAGUCGCAUGCCUGCACCUGUCCGCUGAUGGACGCGGUGUGCAUCGAGUGCGAGCGAGGCGUAUGGGAUCACGGUGGGCGAAUGUUUAAGUGCAGCUUCUGCAACAAUUUCCUUUGCGAAGACGACCAGUUCGAACAUCAGGCCUCGUGUCAGGUACUGGAGUCCGAAUCGUACAAGUGCCAAUCGUGCAACAAGCUGGGACAGUACUCGUGCUUACGAUGCAAAACGUGCUACUGUGACGACCAUAUCCGCCGGAAAGGGUUCAAGUAUGAUAAGAACAAACCGAUACCCUGUCCGAAGUGUAACUACGAGACAAGUCAAACGAAGGAUCUCAGCAUGUCGGUCCGCAGUCAUAAGUAUGGCCGCAAACGGCUUGAUGACGAUGGAGAGGAUGAUGAUUAUGCGUAUGAUGAUGAGUACAUGGCUUACCGCAGCAGUCACGAUCAUUACAACGAGGCUUCGGGAGAUUCAUCCGAUGAUGACUACGACGAUGAUGACGAUGACGACGAUGACGACGACGACGAAGACGAUGAUGAUGACGAGGAUGAGGAAGGCGAAGAGGAAGGCACCGAAGGAAAAUCGGCCCAAGGAGCAUCUUCAAGCACCUCGUCAAAGGCGCAAAAGUAGCGCCUGCAUGAUGUGACGUUAGUUUCUUUCUGCAUUGCAAACCAAGGUAGCUCUUUAAAGCCACAUUUCUUCUUGUUUAUUGCAUAGCAGAUCUAUACAAAAAGGUUUUGCAAGUGUUCUGAAGAUGGACAGGAUGUUUGUAAUAAAAAAAGGGAGCGAUGAUUGAAACAAAGGGAAUAAAAGGAACGGAAACUAAAAGUAAGCAGCUGAGAGCUGUGUGCUGGAGUAUUAGAAGAAAAUGCCCCUUAAGCGGCGUCCCAUUGCUUGACGGUCGUAGAGAACGUUAAACUUAUUUACCAGCUGAUUCAUAUCGUUGGCUACCUUGGUUAAAGCUCCCAGGUAUGUGAUCAGUCCGACAUCGUUGGAUUGCUGUAAGGAGUUGAAGAGAAAUUAGAAUAAAACUGCACAUGGUCAUCUAGCUCGCUAGUUAC